AUAUCGAUGAAAAGGGACUAUCAACUGAUGUAACACCACCCAAAAUCGUCGCCGGGAUACAUUGCAAACCACAGACCGUGACAUCUGGGAAAUCACAAACGGUAACAAUGAUUGCCGCUGUUAACGCAGCUGGUGGCAGCGUUCCCCCUUACUUUGUAUUUCCUGGACAUCGUAUGAGAGAUGAGCUGUUAUCAGGAGCUACACCCGGUACUGGAGGCACAGUUUCAGAGACAGGGUGGUCUAAUACGGAAGUAUUCAGCACGUAUAUGAAAACGCACCUGGUCCGACACUUGCCCUCACGCAGCGCCGACUCUCCCGUUCUCAUCCUCUAUGACGGACACAAGAGUCACGUUUCCCUUGGAUUGAUAGAAUGGGCACGGGAAAAUCACAUCGUCCUAUUUGUUCUUCCCCCUCAUACAAGCCACCUCCUACAGCCACUGGACAUCGGAUGUUACGGGCCUUUUGAGACGACAUGGAUACGAUCAUGUCAUUCAUUCUUAAGCGUGAACUCUGGAAAAGCUAUCGGAAAGCAUGAUAUAUGCAGCGUAGCAUGUCGUGUUUUCAACUCAACGUUAACUCCUGUUAAAAUUUUGUCAUCUUUCACAAAAUCAGGAAUCUUCCCCCUCAACCCCGAAGUGAUUGAUGACUUGGCUGUAAUACCGGCCCGAUCUUUCUCUAGACCGACACCCGCGGUUUCAAGUUCAACAGGUACGCUCGUACAGGACACCGACGACAGACUGGGGAUAGCCGAGCACAAGAAACAGCAUCCAGAGAAACGGAAGGCUGAUAAGGAAGUCGGCAAGGGGAAGAAGAAGUCAAGCGGCACUACAUCGUUGUCCACAUCGUCCCUGUUGUCGAAAGGGAAUUCUGCCCAGAAUAAGUCAAAAUGGAAAGGACCUGCACGCAAGAAACGCAACGCUCCGCCCCCAUCAACAACCUUCUCAGACUGUUUUUCCGACAGUGCAACUGAUGACGACUAA